AGCGGGCACCGAGUCGUCUGGCAAGACUGCGGGCACCGAGUCGUCUGGCAAGACUGUGGGCACCGAGUCGUCUGGCAUUGGAUCGUCUGGCUCGACAGCGGGCAUCGGGUCACCAGGUAUGACAGCGGGCACUGGGUCACCAGGCAUCAGGUCAUUUGGCUCGCCAGCGGGGGCACCGCGUCAUCUGGCAAGGCAGUGGGCACCGAGUCACCAGGUACGACAGCGGGCUCUGAGUCAAUUGGCACGACAGCGGGCACCGGAUCAGGUACCGGAUCAUCUGGAUCAACAGCGGGCAUCGAGUCAACUGGCCUAAUAGGAUCAUCAGGCUGGAUCAGUUCAUUAUGCUGGGUAGAAGCAUCCGGCUGAGUAGAGGCAUCCGGCUGAGUAGAGGCUUCAGGCUGAGCUGAGUAGAGGCAUCAGGCUGAAGAGAGGCAUCAGGCUGAACCACGGAAGGCAGGUUCUCAGACGGCAGGCUCACUGGUUUGGAUACUGGCAGGAUGGUAUUGGUUGGAAAG